GUGUAUGUGAGAGGUGAGCUGUGGAGAGAGAGAAGGAGAGAGAGAGAGAGAGGGAGAGGCGCAUUGAUCUCUCGCGGAGACACGGAACAAGCUCCAGCACGAUGCGCUUCUGAUGCGGAAUCGAGCUCAUUCUCACCGCGGAACACGCUUCGAGCAGGAGCACACGCGGCCGCGAGCCCGAACCCGGAGUUUGGACCUGAUUCAUGCGGAUUGAGCCCAAAGCGGGUGCACGCGGCGCGUUUCAGACCAGAGAGAGAGAGCGCGCACGCACGCGCGACCGAGAGACCGUGCCCGUGCCCGUGCUGAAGGAGCCAUGAGAGAAUACAAAGUGGUCGUGUUGGGCUCCGGUGGCGUGGGAAAAUCCGCGCUAACCGUGCAGUUCGUCACCGGAUCCUUCAUCGAGAAGUACGACCCGACGAUAGAGGACUUUUACCGCAAGGAAAUCGAGGUGGACUCGUCGCCGUCGGUUCUGGAGAUCCUGGACACCGCCGGUACCGAGCAGUUCGCCUCAAUGCGAGACCUGUACAUCAAGAACGGCCAGGGCUUCAUCCUCGUUUACAGUCUGGUGAACCAGCAGAGCUUCCAGGACAUCAAGCCCAUGCGGGACCAGAUCAUCCGGGUCAAGCGCUACGAGCGGGUUCCGAUGAUCCUGGUGGGGAAUAAGGUGGACCUGGAGGGCGAGCGGGAGGUCUCCUCCGGGGAAGGCAAAGCCCUGGCGGACGAGUGGAACUGCCCGUUCAUGGAGACCUCGGCUAAAAACAAGGGUUCUGUGGACGAGCUGUUCGCGGAGAUCGUGCGGCAGAUGAACUACGCGUCGACGCCCGGCGGAGGCGAUCAGUGCUGCUCCUGUGUGAUCCUCUAAACACGGGCGCCAUUACUCGGUGCUUGUUCUCGUCUGUUGCCAUGGUGUUGCAGGAUUUCUGUACUGUUGAGCUGCGUCUCCUCACGAGGAUGAAGAUGAGGAAGAGGAGAGCCUUGGAAUAGUGGAUCACUCUUCAGGAAUUCUGCGAAGAUGUCAUUGAUGUCAACACAAGUGUCUUGCACUCUCAACUGGAACUUAAACCCCAAAAACGUGGAACUCUGAGACGCACGGCAGAAGUUUGCAGCGACUCUUGUUUGGAAACCCUUGUUGUGAAUCUUAUAAAGUAUUGAAACCACUUCCCUCCUCCUUGAGCGCUGCACGAGGACUUUAUUUACUGUUUUGACGUGAGGAUCUUUACGUCAUCGUCGCGUCGAGUGCCUUCCAAAAAGCUGAGUUUAGUGCCAACCUGCGAGGAGUCUCGGUUCGAGGAAAUCCACCCAGUACUUACACACACUUACGCUUGCUAUGGUUUCUGCGGCUGGACGACGCGUCCGUCGACGAACGCUGUUUUGUUUCGGCCUUUGAGUAAAAAUCUUCUUGGCUUUUUCUCCUCAAACACAAACACAGGUACCGAAGCCCUCAGACUCGAAGCCACAAACCACUGUCUCUAGACCAGUUUUGAAUCAGAUCUGUUUUGUUUUUAACAAAUGUGAUGUACCAUUGAAAUUCUAAUCUGAUUGUACGUUUAAUUUCAGACUAGCAUUUUAACAGCUGUCUGAUUGUUUUAAAGAGACUUUUAAUACAUGCAUUUUUAAAAAACA